CAGGACGCUGUUGAGGGGUGCCGUUGAGACGCUCCCCCUCCUUAACAGCGACGGCCAUCUGCCGCCUCUUUUUCAAUUUGAAAGCCAGCAGAUUAUUUCCCACAGAUUCACAGCUCCACUUAACACAGCCGAAAUACCGUCUCGGAGGGCAGCUGCGCAGAACGGAGCCCGCUCUCUCAUAUUGCGCUCAGCCAACGAGGGUCGGGGCCGUUUGCAUGCAGCCAGUCUGCAGAGACAGACAGCAGGCUCAUAAAGACGAAGCGGAUUUGAAUUAAGCACCGGAUAACAGACAGCAACUGUGCAUCCUUCGGAGAGGGAGGGAGAGAGGGAGGCAACUGUUUUGUAUCUUGGAAGCCCUGGGUUAGGAGAGGGGGAGGAGGAGGAGCGGAGAAUGAGCUAUUCUUGUACCAGCAGAGGCAACAGCCAGGACCCAUCAAGCGCUAAGAAGCCUGCCGGUAAUAAUCCAGGUAGAGAUACCGGAGGCACAGACAGCAGCACGGACCGCAGCAGUAACGGCAGCCCGAAACAAACGGCGGCGAUGAAAGUGAAGAAAGGCUGCAACUCGACCGACGUGGGGGUCCCGGUGACCACGGAGGAGGACCUGCUCGGCAGUACGGUGAUCACUCCGGAGGAUGUUCUGGGCUUGCAGAAGAUCACAGAGAAUUAUCUCUGCAACCCGGACGAGAACGUGUACAGCAUCGACUUCACCAGGUUCAAGAUCAGAGACAUGGAGACGGGCACAGUGCUGUUUGAGAUCACCAAGCCUCCGUCCUUAGACAAAGCUGGAGAGAAGAGGGACAUUGACCCGAACGCUGGCCGCUUUGUCCGCUACCAGUUCACCCCCGCUUUUCUCCGCCUGCGGCAAGUUGGAGCCACCGUUGAGUUCUCAGUCGGAGACAUGCCGAUAGAAAACUUCAGGAUGAUUGAGAGACAUUACUUCAGAGAGAAGUUGCUCAAGAGCUUUGACUUCGAGUUCGGCUUCUGCAUGCCCAGCAGCAAGAACACCUGCGAGCACAUCUACGAAUUCCCGCCUCUGUCUGAGGACAUUAUCAGAGAAAUGGUCGUGCACCCAUACGAGACGCAGUCCGACAGCUUCUACUUUGUGGACAAUAAGCUGGUGAUGCACAACAAGGCGGAUUACUCCUACAAUGGUGGAACGUAAAGGCAAGAGACGGUCAGGAGAGGCAGGUGGAUGUACGGACUGGCCUGAGGGACGAUCACAGUACACUGGUGUGUGGUGUUAGCAUCCUGUCAAUCCAGUAGUCUCUCUCUCUCUCUUUCUCUCUCUCUCUUUCUUCUUCUCUCUUUCUCCCGCUGAUCAGCAGUGGUCCUGCUCAUCGUGAGAUCCAUCCAGAAAACGCCCGUAUACAGAUGUGUCAGUUACCGUCUGUGUGUGUGUGUGUGUAAGCAUGUAGAGGUUUGUGUGUACAUGUUAAAGCCUGAAAACAACACACACACAAACACACACAGUCUGCAGACUGGUGUGGUACUGCUGUAACACUGUUUCUAACAUGAUAAACCAGCAAAUAAGAAACUUUUAGGAUGGUUUGUGCUCUUUAGCCGCGUUGUAGAGUAAAAAAGAAAAACUCCUUAUGUCAUUCCUGUACAUGUUAGGGUUUAGGAGGAAAUCUAGCAUCUAAAAAAGUGUGUUUUUAGGAUUUAAAUUACAGUUUUGGGAAAUAAUUUCACUGAUAAUAUGAGUGUAUGUGUGUGUGUGUGCUUUUUUUUUAAUGUGUGUGUGUGUUUUUGUGCUUUGUAUGUUUGUCUGUGUGUCGACCGGUAUGUCAGUUUGAAGCAUGAUUACUGGUCUGGUAAAAAAAAAAAAAAAGAUACUUUGAACAUUAAUGGUCAAAUGGAUUUCCAAAACCUAAAAUAUUAGGACAUUUUCUACAGAGUUAGGCAGUAGUUAGUAACUAUUUCCUGUUUCCCUUCGUUCCUGAUUUAUCAAGUGAUCUGUAUUAACUGUAGGACGUAUGUGUUUAUUGUCUUUGCUCAAAGCACAACAUCUCUACAGAGCCAACAAUGAGGAAACAUGUAAAGGUGAGCUGAUCAUGUAUGACCAUAAACAUAAGUCAUCUGUGCACCAACCCACUUUUCCAUCCUCAUCAGUGGCUUUGUUUAGGUGAUAAACAAGUUGUGAAAAACUUUGCUAAGUUGCACAGUGUGUCCCCGAGUUAAUGUUCUUUUGUUCGGAAACUCUUAAUAAGAGAAGGAAAGGUUGGAGAAAAGUUGGAUUUGUAAAAGUUGAUAUUUUUCAGUCGUGAAUGUGAUGCAAAAAGGACGUUCGAGGGAGAUUCGGGGGAAUGUAGCAGAAAUCAUUUUAUGAACAAAUCACCCUGAAAUCUUACAUUUUCUCAUUUUUUUGUGUUGUUUUCUCUCAUUUCUGCCUCAUUGAUUUCACUAUUACACAUAUCCUGUUACUGAACUGUGUCGAGAGGCCUCUAAACUGUAAUACACAUUCAUUAUCUUUCUCUCCCUGUUUGUACUGAGACACAACAACCUGGCUCAAAUAGUAUCCAAACUGUUUAUUUUUCAGAAUAUCGGCACAUACUGUCUGACUUUAAGCACUUAAACGUUCACCACUUAAGUGAUUCUACUUAAAGUGCAGUAAACUCUGUUCAUCUAUUGCUGUAAGUGUGUUUAAACAGACAUUUAUUUGCAGGUACUUGAAUGCAGCACAACACAAGUAAAUGGUGGAAAUUAUAUAUUUAUAUUUAUAUUCUCCUUAAUUGGCUCAACAUAAUCAAAUCUGGAUGAUUGUUUUUUUGUUUUUUAUUUAUUACCAGAGGGGUUUUCCUUGUUUAUUGGGUCUGCACUAGUGAGUUUGAGUAACAGGGAGAAAAGGGUGACUGAAAAAAUGUGUUGCAAGAAAUGUGCACAAUGAGACUCUGAACUGUGUUAAUCAGAGAUCAAACAGAUUGACUUGAAUGUUAUGUCAAAAACAGAAAUGUAGAAACAGAUUUAUUUAUGACCGAUUGUGACUCGUGUAAAAAAAAAAAAAAAAGUAAUAUUUUAAACUGAUGUAAAAAGUUUUUGACUAUUCAAAUGUGUGAGUGAACAAAAGUAAAUUAAAUAAAGAUU